UCGUUAGCCUGGUGCGCUGUGUACGAGGAAGUCUUCGGUCGAGGGUAUACAGAUGCGAAGUGUUUGAAAUACUUUUGACUCCCAUUAAACUGUUUUGCAGCUGGAUCACCUGUCUGAAGAGGAUGAAUCAAUCCGAGAAACGGUAGAUUUUCCUUGAUCGUAUCGGACCGGAGCACUUCCUGGAAACACUGAAGAACACGCAGGUGUUUUGAGACAAGGCUGCUGUUUGAUUCCUGGAUGGCUUUGCUUGGGCAACUCUGACAGAUAUUUAAAGGGUGACUUUGUGAAGAUGUGAACCAGACUAGGAGGAACUGAAAGCCAAUUGCCCUUUGAGCCAUGUGCUUUCCUAGAGCAAGGGGUUUGUGACAUGCCUUCCAUUCCGAGGCAGUUAUCUCGGGGCUGCAUUAAAAUAAGAGUAACAAAGAAAAGGCUGUUUUGACUGAGCACAGAGCACUGUCCUCACUUUAUCCACCUCUUACGAUGGAGCCCAACAAGCCUACCGCCUGGGCAUCAUUCCGACAGAGGGCUAAGCCUUUCUUCUCCAACUUGAGCAUCAAGAAGAUAAAGAAGGACAGCACUAAAGCAGAGGUCAGGAAGAAGCGAGUUCUGGACCAGAGGAUGAUGAGUACCUCGGUCCCAGACUUUCGGCAUCUGCACGGCGGAGCUGCCAGCACAGACAGGGCAGCCCCGCUCCCCUCCAACACCACACCCUUGCCGCUACACACAGCCCUAAACAACAACCGUGCUGCCACGCAUCUGAGGAACCGUCUGUCCAUGCCAGCGGAGAACCAGGCUUGGGGCUCGAUGGAGUCUCUGCAGACAAAGAUGGGCAUUGAUGAAGUGGAGGGACUGUCACACACUACACUGUUAUCGGAGAUUAAGAGUGAAGAGGAGUCAAACCAGUUCAGCACUACAGAGGCUGCUGCUGCUGCAGCUGCACAGGGUGAAGUGCCCACAGUGGAGAUCACUGAAGACCUAAGUGAGGAACACUUUGAAAACAAUGAGCUGGACGUCUCGCAGACCUCUCAGUUCUUUGCAGCUAAUUCUGUGGUGGAUGAGAGGGGUGAUUCUCUGGCCGUCCUGCCCAGCAGGAUCUCGUACCUCUUGACCAUUAAUCUGAAGGAAGGAAGGAACCUUGUGAUCCGGGAUCGCUCAGGCACCAGUGAUCCCUAUGUCAAGUUUAAACUGGACGGGAAAACCCUUUACAAGAGCAAGGUUGUGUACAAGAAUCUCAACCCAGAGUGGAAUGAAUCGUUUUCUGUACCAGUUAGGAACCUGGACCAGAAAAUCUAUAUCAAGGUGUACGACCGGGACCUGACCACCGAUGAUUUCAUGGGUUCGACUGGCAUCUCCCUGAGCGACCUGGAGCUAGACAGGACUGUGGAGAAGGUUCUGCCCCUGAACAACCCUAACAGCUUGGAGGAGGACAUGGGUGGGAUUGUGCUGGACCUCUACCUGUCCAUCAACAACCAAGAGAGAAAGAGUCCGAAGUGGAGGAGCCAAAGGAAGACAGGGAGCAGCACAAAGCCGAAUUCGCAGCAGAAUGGCAGCCGGCUGGUGGACACGCUGCACAAGAGCCAGCUGUGGACUGGGGUGGUGUCCAUCACUCUGGUGGAGGGGAGGGGCCUGCAGGAGGGUGUGGGCGAGUUCUUCAUUCGCUUUAAACUGGGCGAUCAGAAAUACAAGAGCAAGACUCUGAAUAAAUGUCCCAACCCCCAGUGGAGAGAGAAGUUUGAUUUCAACCACUUCCAGGAGAGACCGGCUAUGCUGGAGGUCGAGAUUUGGGGGAAGGAAGGCAGGAGAUUUGAAGAGUGCUUCGGAAGAUGCAAUGUGGAUCUGGCUGUGCUGCCUGGGGACCAGACCAAUGUGCUGGAGCUGCCCCUGGAUGCUCAAGGGACAGUGAUUACCCUGGUUUCCCUUAACCCCUGCUCCGGGGUCUCCAUCUCUGACCUGGGUGCCUGUCCCCUGGAUGAUACCAAAGAGAGAAAGCAGAUACUCGAGAGAUACCAUAUAAAGAACUCCUUGCAGAAUCUAAAGGAUGUUGGCUUUCUCCACGUAAAAGUGCUAAAAGCUGUGGAUCUCAUCGCUGCUGAUUUUGUAGGGAAAAGUGAUCCCUUCUGCGUGCUGGAGCUGGGGAAUGACCGGCUACAGACCCACACAAUCUACAAGAACCUCAACCCCGAGUGGAAUAAAGUCUUUACAUUCCCGAUCAAAGAUAUCCACGAUGUUCUGAAGGUGACUGUUUUCGAUGAAGACGGAGACAAACCGCCCGAUUUCCUUGGCAAAGUGGCCAUCCCUUUACUCUCUGUAAGGAACGGUCACUCCAGUUGCUUCAUCUUGAAGAAUAGUGAUUUGGGUGCACCAACGAAAGGGGUUAUCUUUUUGGAGAUGGAGGUCUUUUAUAACCCAGUGAAAGCAGGCAUCAGGACCUUCACACCGCAGGAGACCAGACUCACUGAGGAUAUUCCCAAAUUUUCCAAGAAGAUAUUAACGAGGAACGUUGAUCGUGUUAGGAAAAUCACCAUGGCCAUAUUGAAUACGAUCCGGUAUAUUAAAAGCUGCUUUCAGUGGGAAUCUACACAAAGGAGUUUAAUAUCCUUCCUGCUGUUCCUGGUUGUCGUGUGGUACAUGGAGCUUUACAUGGUGCCCCUCUAUCUGCUUCUCCUGCUCGCUUGGAACUACUUCCAGAUAGCCUGUGGGAAGAGCAGCAGCACACAGGACCUGGAAAGUAUGGGCCUGGGCGAUGAUGACGACGAUGAUGAAAAGGAAUCUGAGAGAAGAGGAUUAAUAGAAAAAAUUCACAUGGUUCAGGAUAUUGUGAUAACAGUUCAGAAUAGCCUGGAAGAAAUUGCUUGCCUCGGAGAAAGAAUUAAAAACACUUUCAACUGGACUGUCCCGUUCCUGUCCAGUCUUGCUUGCCUGGUUCUUGUUGUUGCCAUGGUUUUAUUGUAUUUCAUCCCUCUGCGGUACCUUGUUUUGUUGUGGGGAAUAAAUAAAUUUACCAAGAAGUUACGGAAUCACUACGCCAUCGACAAUAACGAAAUCCUAGAUUUCCUCUCCAGAGUGCCUUCGGAUAUACAGAAGGUGCAGCACGCUGAAUUAAAACCCCCAUCCACCAGCCACAGCCCACUUCGGAAGAAAAGGUGCGUAGAUGGAAGGUUGGGCUAUCCUUGAAAUGCCAGAACAUCGACCUAGUGAAGCUGCAGCUCCCACCUCUGGCCCUCCUGCUGCUGCCUGCUGUCUUGCCACUCGCACUAGCUCUGCUCUCGUCACCUCUGUGGCACGAUCCUGCUGAAUGGCCCGGGGUGCUUGAAAUACUUUCAGUGUCUAAUAAUGCAAUAUACUGAGCAGUGCGGCAUGCUAUUCUAAUCCUGCCUUAUUGGAGAGCAUGGUUGACUUUGGGAUUCGAGCUGUCUGUCUGCCUGCCUGUCUGGCUGCCUGUGUGCACACCGCAGACAUGUCCCUGGAUGAAGUAAAGUUUGAAAUUUCAUACAGUGCAAUGCACAGCGCAGCAGCUGAUCUGUCUGGCUGUCUGCUUGACCACAGAGCAGGAUACCUGUCUCCUCUCACUUACUGUUGCAAUAUGUCUAGCUGUUAACUAGGCUCUGAAAAAAGAUGCUGUUGCUUUAAAUGAAUAGGCACUACUUUUUAUCCUAAGUGUACUCUAUAUAUAUAUAUAUAUAUAUAUAUAUAUAUAUAUAUAUAUAUAUAUACACACACACACACACAUACACACACUCACACUCACACACUGACACAUACACACUGAGACACACACACACACAUCACUAAUGUAAACACUUCCGUGCACCUCAUAUCUCUAAAAUGAUGCUCAUGUCCUUGAAAGCUACUUUCCAUUACUUGUCUAUCUUUGACCAAACAAAAUGAAGAAUCUGUGUGUAUAUAAAAUGAAAGUAGUUCUCAUGUUUUUGUAUUUGCUGGGAGCAUGUUGAAUAAUGUGGAGUGAUGCUGAGCGAUGUUGAACUAUGUUUAAGUUGGGGUUUGGUGUGGUGCACGUGUUUGGAAAGUAGCUUCUAUGUUUGUGUUGGUGUUUCUUUUCAUGUUGCUUGUGGCAAAUUAACUCAUCUCUACUCUUUUUCUAUUGCUAUAACAUUUGGAUUGUAUUUUUUAUUCUGUCAACACACACACAUAUAUAUAUAUAUAUAUAUAUAUAUAUAUAUAUAUAUAUAUAUAUAUAUAUAUAUAUAUAUAUAUAUAUAUAUAAAAUCAAAAUCUGGCAGAUGUCUCAGUUUCUGAUGUGGGAUUUUGUCUCCCUGUUCAGUAGGUAGUAUGAAGAAUUGUGUGAAUGUGUGCAGAUCUGCGAUUUAAAUGUCUAAAUCAGCAAGCCUAUUUCAUUGUGUUUCGUCUGCACUCAUU